AUGCGGCGUCUCCCACACGUGACGGUAUCUCUCUCAUCGGAAGACAGUGAAAGCGUUCCGCUGCCGUUCUUCGCCGGUGAGUGGUCGGCGUUUGGUCUCUCGAGUAUCCCGUCCAUUCCCUUCUCGGAGUACUCCCACCCGCCGUACGGCGAUCACUCCGUGGGCCUCUCCUCCGCCACAGGCGCCACCCCGCUCUCCCCAUAUCGUCCACGAGGUUCAGUACCACAAACAACACCAACUCCAACAAGAGCAGCAUCAACGGCGAUGAGAACAGUGACAACAGCAACGGCUGCUGCAGGCGUUGGCACGGCUGUGAACAGUCGACAACAAUCCGGUGGACAGGCGGCGAUUAAUGAUAUACCGCGGCACGAGCCUACACCCAGUUCGUCGGGUGCAAGGGGUCCGGGACACGGGCGGGCACAGUCAACAAGAGAAAUCGGAACUUUUCAGACAACAGAAGAUGGAAAUCCAUCACAAACCCAAAAUAUCUUUCCGAAUAUAAGAGUAACACCUAAACCAUUAUUUCCAACUCAUGAAGAGAAAGAUAGCAAGAAAACUGUUAGAGAAACAACACAAGCAACGACUACCACUCAACAUUCAGGGGAAGGUGGUGAAACUACUACCAAAAAAGGUCUUCCACUUCUAUCAGAUAGUGCUUCAAAAAGUAUAUCUGUUCAUAAUUCAGGAACAGUUGCAAAAGAUUCAGAUGGAGAAAAGGGGUCCAAUGAUGUGGGGAGGAAUCCGUUUUUACCAUUGACAAAUAAACCAUUACGACGCGCAUCUUUAUCGAGAAUGCAACCUAAGCGACGCUCUGUGACUACAUUUUCCACUGCCGAUAUGACUAAUCCAGCGAAACAGGUAACCAAUGACGAAAAGGUUGAUAUGGAGAAUACGGUAUCUCACCUGAAAUCCUUUGGGUCUAAUGUAGCAUCACCGCAUAGUAACGUUUUAAGUGGAAGUGAGAAAUCUAUUCAUGGUAAAAUUCUGGUGACCACUUUCGUAGAGUCUCAAGAAAAUACUGCAAAGAAUACAACAAAUAUACCUUCGUCUACUCAUACCAUGUUAAAGAAAGAGGUAAAAUCAUUAGCAUCUCAGCCUAUUAUUGUAUCAAAAGAAAAUAAAAAUGAAGACGUUGAACACUCUGUAAAUAGAAAACCUAGCCAGAAGACGUAUCCCAAAACGAAUUUGCCUAAGACGUCAGUAACAAUAAAAAACAUGCCAUCAAAGAGAAAUGAAACAGUGAAUGUAAACAGCUCAGCAUCUAGUGGGGCUCAAAAUAAUUUAAUUGCUCCCUAUCGUUCUACUUCUUCUGAACAUCUUGUAAAAGUUGUUAGUAAUAUUACUGACCCAGAAUUAUUGCUACUUAUUCAUGAUUAUGCUUCCACGUAUAGUCAAGACCCUAGGUCUUCUGCAAUUAUGAAUGCAUGCGAUUCAGUACUUAAAAAGAUUAAAGAGAAUAGCAAAAAGAACAAUGAUAAGGGUGAAACUAUCAAAGACCAACAUUUACUUGAUGAUGAAGAUAAUAUUGAAGAUGAAUUUGAUGAUUAUAAUAUUAAGAAUUAUCCAUUUCCGGUAAAUCUUUUACGAGGGAAGUAUUCUUUUGCUACCCCAACAAAGCAAGGAAAAACGUCAACUGUGUUUAAAACUGGUAUGCUGUAUAAGAUAUUAACCGAUAAGGGUGAAUACUUUUUUUUUAAUGAUACUCUUCAGUAUGUUAUGGUGAUACGUGUGCCAGUUCGCUUAGUUGGUAAUGAGGUUAUUAACGAGAAAGCUGUCCUCUCUCCAAUGGAUAAUGGUGAAACAGAGAUUACAUUGGCAGUCUUACCAGAAGAUACCAUGUUUCUUAUAAAAGGUAUUUCUGUACUUCCACGGGUGCGAGCAAAAGGAGUAUUCCCACCAGUAGAUUUCAUAGCUCCAUCUGUAAAAGAAACCAUGACAGAAGUUGCUUCUGCCAUAGAAAAGGUUCGCGCAGCAAUGGGAGAGUGGUCUCCUGCAAGGGAUCAAAAAUCUUUUUUAAGGUGUUGUAUGAGUAAUAACUUACCUUUUACAGAUUUAGACUUUCGUCCAUCUGCCUUUUCACUUUUUCGUCCUGGAAUAGAUAUAUUUAAAAUUCCUCCUCUUACAUGGCGAAGACCUCUUGAUUACCUUCCAGUUACCGAAUUAAGUCAAGUACGUUUAUUUCGACAAAAUAUCUCUUGCCACUUGGUUCGUCAAGGUAAUUUGGAAGAUCAUACCGUUAUUGCUGGUAUAGCCGCUGUAGCUAUGUUUCCUGAACACGUUCGUUGGAUGUUUCGACAUCCAGUUACUUUUGAAGUUGGUAAACGUGAGCGUGCUGUUGGGGCAUACCGAGUGACAUUGUGUAUUGGGGGUUGGUGGAAAACAUUAUUGCUAGAUGACUAUUUUCCAGCAUCGCUAAAAGAACCAUUAUUUGCUCAUUGUCCUCAAGAUCCUCGUCGUUUGUGGGUAUCAUUUUUAGAAAAAGCAUAUGCUAAGACACUUGGAUCUUAUUCCGCUUUAUGUACAGCUGAUGCAUUAGAUGUUCUUACAGAUUUUACAGGUUAUCCAUGUAGAUUAUUAGAUGAAUUAUGGGCAGCAUCAGUGGAAAAACCAGAAGUGUCAAAGUCUCUCUUUAACUAUAUUAAUAGAUGUGUUAAACGAGAUUUUAUUAUUAUGGUCUAUACACCAUCACCAAGAGCAACGACAACAAGUUCUGUUGAUCUCUCUAAAAAAUUAUCACUAAGAUAUAUAGGUUCUGCAGAAUCUAUGCCUCUUUUUUUACCUGGUCAUGUUUAUUUCAUUACUGAAACUCUUUAUUUUGACGAUUUAGAUUUGCGUAUGGUACGUUUAAAAAAUCCAUGGACAUGGCGAUCAUAUGGAAAACGUUCCAACGAAAAAACUUGGAAGAAGUCAAAAUGGUUUGAACAACCUGAGAAUAGCAGCUCUAUGGUAGGUGGAUCUACUUUAUUACAGACAAAGCGUGACUCUUUUUCAAGCUGUAAUGAUGAACAGCUUGGCACUAUGUUGUUAGAGUGGUCUGAGGCAUUAACUACCUUUGCAGGAGGUGGUGUUUGCUAUACACUAUGGGAUUGGCAUGACUACCGUAUAAAGAACUGCUUUCGUAAUGGUAUUCCUGAUGUUGUUUUAGAGGUAACAGUAAAGAAGAGAGUUGAAGCUUUCCUCACACUAUCUCAAGAGAGUAAUCUACGAAAUAGUGAUAAUCAUCGUAAAAAUUCAAAUAAAAAUAAUGAUGAGGGAAACAAUUAUGAUGCAAUACUUCUUUUAGUUUCUCGAUAUAUGACCAUGACAAAGACACAAUCGGUUGUAUGUAAAAGUUCUAAUGAUUUGGAAGUGUUGAGUGGAAAAUUAACGUAUCAUAAUGUACGAGAUAUUUCCUUAAGAUGUUUUUUUGAACCUGCAUAUAGCCCUUUUUAUGUAUUUCCACGUGUACAUGAAGACUACAUACGAAAAGAAUCCCCAUUUGUUCUUUCACUCAUAUGUGAUACUGAGGUUGGGGGAUCUGAGGUUCAGGUACGUUUCUGUCAUUUUAAUUCAUCAUGUGAAGUUUUUAAGAAUAUAUUAUCAUUUAAUGUAACACCUGAAAUGUUUACACCUACUACGGCCUCUUAUCAGAAGCGUGCAACUACGGGUGCACCCUCAUUCAAGGGAAACUGUAUAAAGAAAUGA